ACAUAGUACCGAGGAGUCUCCGGCAGCCAUCUUAGUUGUACUGACGGCUACCACAACAUACGCCAGGAAGUGUCCGAUCCGAUCUGUGCGUUGUACUUCUGUGGGGUCAACUCGCUCUCUCUCAGUCAAACUACCUUCAAAGAGCGGUUAGAGGAAAAUUGUUGUGAGUGCCUGCUGAGACCAGCCAGUAUCCCAGAAUGGACUCGGAGAUUUUGAACAUAGAGGAGAUAGUGAUGGGACGGGGAUUACCAGAUCCGCCUCCUGAGGUUCCUCCCGAAAAGCCAGCAGAACCAUACAAACCCAUCACUUUGAAUGGACCGCCUGCACCCUCUGUUCAAUCCUACCAGCAUGAAAAUCUGCAGUGUUUCCAGUGCUUCAUUACGUUCUGCAGUGCCAAAGCCAAGGAAAGGCACAUGAAGAAAAGCCACAGGGAAGAGUAUAAGCAACAGCUUCAGCAGGGGAACACAUUGUUCACAUGCUAUGUGUGUGACCGCACAUUUCUGUCAUCUGAGGAGCUGACGCAGCACCAGCCUACACACAGCAAGGAUGACAAGCCCUUCAAAUGCGUUCACUGCAAGGAGAGCUUUAAAACAUUCUCUGAACUCACGGCCCAUAGAAGACAAGUGUGUCCAGAGAAACAGUUGGUAUGUAAAGAUUGCAACGAAACCUUCCGGAGUGCUGGACUGCUGCGCGCUCAUCGCCUGACCCAGCAUCCCCGCCCAGAUGUAGAGAAUGCAGAACAACCAGAGGACGCUACGAAAACUCAUCGCUGUAAGAAGUGCAGUCAGGGCUUUGAAACCGAGGCAGAGCUGGUAGCUCACCAGGAGAAGUACCCAGAAGGUCAGCAAUGCAAUGGCAGCACUGCCUCUGUCAAGAAACGUGGACGGCCUACUAAAACUGAAGACCCGGCCGCUGCUGAGAAAAAGGGAAAGCGGAAAAAGAAGGAUGAGCCAGAAACGCCAGAGGAGGUGGUGAAGGCCAGCACUGCUUCAGAGUCAGCAGCAGCUCCGGCAGAGGAAAAAGGAAAAGCAGUUGGAGCGAAGCGAGGUCGUCCUUCUAAAGCAGUAGCAAAAUCAGAAACGGAAGACAAGAAGAGUCCAGAGGAAGACAGUCAAGCUCCGGGAAAGGAGAAGAAACCUAAGGCAGAUUCGGCCUCACCCCGUCAGCACCCCUGUCCCGAUUGUGACCUCGCAUUCCCCAGUUUGAUCCAGCUCCGUGCUCACAAGAAGGAGAAACACACCCCGCGGAAAGCCCAUCCCUGCGAUGAAUGUGAAGAGAGCUUUGCCCGUCCGGAGCAGCUGGACGCCCACAUGUCGCGGGCUCAUGCUGUCGGUCGCUUCGCCUGCCCAACCUGCGGCAAGAGCUUCGGCCGUGAGCGCACCUUGAAAGCUCACCAGAAAAGCCACCCAGAGGAAAAGCCUGAAAACCCAAGUGCAAAGAGAUAAUUUAGACGUGGGGACAUUGCGGAAAGUGUAUGGUUUUUGAAGAUUUUAGUCAGGAAUUGUCCUUUUUUUUCUUUUAACAUCGGAGAUCUGAUGCUCCAGAUCAUGGUUUCAGAUGAGUUUGGAAUGGUUUUGAGAAUGACAUUUUAGCAAAUUUUGGAUUUUAAGUUGAGUUUUGAUCAUGAGCUGGUGAAAUUAUGGACAAACAGACACAACUUCUAAAUUGACUAACCAAAUGUUGUUAAAUCCAUCUAUUACACCCUUUGUCACAGAACAUAGUUUAUUUGUAAAAACUUUUGAUUAACUUUUUAAAUGAUUUGUUUCAGUUUUUUAAAGCGUGAAAUGCGUGUGGUGUGAAUUUAUUACUUGGUGUCUUGAGUUGUUCAACUCACUUUGUGGUAAAAACAGAUGUUUUUUAUGUUUUUUUUUUCCUCUUGUUUUUUCAAAACAGAUUGGGUAAGUACAUACUUUGAAGCUAAUUAGAUGCCUAGUAAAGAUACUAUGUUUUGAAUGUUUAGACAGUUUGUCAAAAGAAAUGUGUUAUGUACAGCUUCUGGUUCAUAUUGUGCAUUUUUUACACUUAAUAUUUUGAUUAUGUUCCUUUCUAAAUUAAGUCUCAUUGAGGAAGAAUUUUAAAAUAACACGAUACUGCUUAAAUGUUAUUUUGGCUAAGUGCUCCAGAUUCAAUGUGGAGUGGCUUCUUGACUUGUGGGCAGAAAUGAUCCACUAUAAUCCUGAUUUGUCUUACAGUAAAAAUUUUUCCUUUAUUUUUUCACUUAUUAGAAUAAUAAGUCAUGUCUUAGACAUUUCUGAAAUGGAACUUGUGGUUCUUUGAUGCCUUCAAGUCCCAUAAGGAACUGUGUAUAUCAUGUGUUAUUCACUGAUUGGAUUGUUUCUCUCCCCACUGCAAUGUGUCUGGACACUGCAAAAAAAAAAAAAAAAAAAAAAAAAAAGUAAUAAAACAUGCUGUCCGAAGGGAGGCUUGCUGAAGAAA